AUGGGACAGGGGAAAAAGGCACCAGGCCAGGCGGCGGACCCUUCAGUCGAGAUCGAGGCCCGAAAAAGCCACUAUGAAGGGGCGUCGUUUGAGCUCAAGAAGGGCUUUUCGCGCCUGACAAUCCUCUCCAUGACCGUGAUUCUGAUGGCAACAUGGGAGGCACUUUCAAGCACCAUGGUGUCAGGGCUUGUUAGUGGAGGGCCAGUCUCGUUGGUAUAUGGCUUUCUAUUGGCAAUCAUUGGAGCCCUGGCAACUGCGGCAUCUUUGGGAGAACUUGCUUCCAUGUACCCGACCGCUGGGGGGCAGUAUCAUUUUACAGCGAAACUCGCCCCAAAACGGAUUAAAAAUGCCCUGAGCUGGUCCAUAGGAUGGAUAGGUACAUUCGGAUGGAUAGCCUUCGCAGCCAGCGCCCCCUUCCUAUCGGCGACAAUGAUCCAGGGGGUCGUCGCUCUGUACCAUGAAUCAUACGGAAUGGAACGAUGGCAGGGAACGCUCAUCUAUUGGGCUCUCAUUGGCAUGGGAACCGCCAUCAAUAUCUGGGGGAGCCGUCUCGUGUCGAUUGUGGAGACUGUUUCCCUGGUUAUUCAUAUUUGUGCCUUUAUCGCUAUCUUUGCUGUAUUGUGGGCUUGUACUCCUGCCAUGCACUCUGCUGGGUUUGUCUUUGGGACGUUUCUCAACAGUUCUGGCUGGUCGAGCAGUGGGGUGGCGUGGUCUAUCGGGAUGCUUUCAAGCUGCUAUGUGUUGGCUGGAUACGACGGAGCAAUCCAUCUUGCAGAGGAAAUGAACAAUCCAGCAGUCGCUGUGCCGUACUGCAUGCUGGGAUCACUCGCCAUCAAUGGCACCAUGGGCUUUGCCUUCCUUCUGGCUCUGCUCUUCUGUAUGGGCGACCUCGAGACGACGCUCAACAGCCCGACCGGGUUUCCGGUCAUUGAGAUCUUUCGCAGCAUCACUGACUCUCGAGCUGCGAGUGCUGUAAUGACUACUUUUCUAAUUCUUACUGCGUGGCUGGCUACGAUUGCGCUGCUGGCAUCGGCAGGUCGCAUGGUAUGGUCGCUAGCGAGAGACAAGGCAAUUCCUGGCUACAAGUAUCUGGCGAAGCUGGACGCAAAGACUCAGCUUCCGACCCGAUCAAUCCUGGCGACGAGCACAGUCCUUGUUAUAAUGGGCUUCGUCAACAUCGGAUCUACCACCGCGUUCAACGCCAUUAUUUCCCUUGCCGUUCUAGGACUACAUGUAUCUUACCUGGUCCCUGUAGCCCUGAUGCUCUGGCACCGGCUCCCAAGCCGAAGAACGUCUCUCGUCUACGGGCCCUGGCAGCUUGGACGUUUAGGAGUGCCGAUCAACAUUAUAUCGGUGGUGUACCUUAGUUAUACGACGAUAUUCAUGGUGUUCCCGCCGUACCAGCCGGUGACUGCAAAGAACAUGAAUUAUUCGUCUCUGAUUCUGGGGGCAGUGUUGAUUUUCAGUGUCGUGUACUGGGCGUGGAAGGGGCGGAGGGAGUAUACGGGGCCUAAUAUUGAGAUGCACAGCUGGCAGUAG